GUAUUAUACCGGGGUAUUAAGUACAGUGGUAUUGUCGAAAAUUGCAUUUAUUUUUCGUUGUUUUGACUUCUAAAUGCAUAGAUACUAAACUUGUUGGAGUUGCAGCAACGAUACUGACGACAUUGUGAAGAGAGAGAAAGAUAGAUAGAUAGAGAGAGAGAGAGAGAGAUAUAUAUAAAUAUAUAUAGAAAGAGAGAGAUGAUGAGGUUACUAAAGAGGUUGUCCAGCAAUCUUCCAGCAUUGUUACUGCUGAUGAUACUGCUACAGGCAGUUUUUCCUCCCAGAAUAAAGUCAGAAAAGUCAGAUGACAAUGAUGCAAGUCCUCAAAUGACCCCUCCAUCGCCCGAUUACGACGAUGAACGAGUGGCUGCCACAGAAAUUAAAGACGACGUUUCUUAUGAAGAUGACGACGACGAUGAUGAUGAUAAUGAUGGCAAGAGUAAAAAAGUUGAUCAUCUCGAACCACUGGAUUGCACAAAGCCUAACAUGCUCUACUGUUCCGAUAAUAAGACUUGUUUCGAUGAGUUGAACCAGAAAUGUGACGGUCGAAGGGAUUGUGACGACAACACAGACGAGCGUGGCUGUUGUCACAGAAGUGAAUUCGAAUGCAGCGAUGAGGUUGACACGAUAUUAUGGCAUAUACCGGUCCCUCACGCUCACAAUCUCAACUACAACAACCACAAUGACGGCGACCACAAUGGCGACCAUAGCGGCCACAACGACGACAUCAACAAAGAUAACACCAACCACAACGAUGACGAAAAAAGCUACGCCAGCAACAAACACAUAAAACCUCAUCCUUCCCACCACCACCACCACAACAACUACAGCAGCAGUAGCCACAGGGAAAUAGUUUUGUACAGUGUAAAAGAGGACAAAGAAAUCGGAAGAAGAAAGAUUUUGCCGGAAACAGCUGAUCCCAAUAUUCGAUCUAUGGUCUUUGAUACUAGAAAUGAUUUAGCUUUCUGCCAUGACCUAAAAAAGCCUGACCUACCAGCAACCAGUGAAAACAUUUUGAUGACCUUCCCCUCCACCCUUCGACCUACUUCUCUCUUCUACGAUUGGAGGAACGAGUACCUCUUCUACUCUGCUAUUGGCCGGCCAAUAAAAAUAAAAUUAAAAAUAAAUCCUUGUCUUCCAAGUUACGUGUACUGGAUAGAAGAGCACGGUUUCUUUAGAAUGGGAAUGGACGGAACAGGAAUUGAACGCCUCUUUCCUGAAUACAAAUUGAAUCCUAGAGGGAUAACACACGAUUACAUAUACGAUGGAAUAUAUAUCAUAGACUGGAAUCGAGGUACCCUGUACGAAUUUGUAAUUGAUGACUUCUAUCUGAAAGUGAUUCUGACGUAUCACUCGUUAGAACUUCUACCCAGGUCCAUCGUAUAUCACCAGGAUUAUCUUAUAUGGUACGCACCGUCUGAGACAGACAUCCAGAUAUUCACACGUCAAAACAACACGAUCGUCAAGCAUCUUAAUUAUAAAACUAGUUUCAUUGCGGUCCAACAAGACAUUGCAGAAAUCGAUGAAUUGGACCAGAGUUUAACUUGCAGCGACAAAUCUCACAGCUGCUCCGACAUCUGCCUGCCACUGUCGCCAACAUCUUUGCCACUUCCAUCCUCAUCAUCCUCAUUUGUAUGCGCUUGCCUAACUACACACAACAAACAUUACAAAUUAUCUGAUGACGGUCUUACGUGUGUAGAAGAUACUGAUGUAAUCCAUCUGUACACUGAUGAUGAACUUGAUGGUGCCGGCCAUGGUGAUGUGGCUAAUGGUGAUGACAAUCUUCAUCCUCAUAUAAAUCGCGAUCACGCAUCAACAACCGACGACAACAUUCAACAACAGCACACCAACAUUCAGCAACACAAAAUCCAACAACAACACAACAACAACAACAAAAACAAAACCUACAACCAAAAAAACUCCGCCGUAAUUGACAUGGCAAACCAAAUGAACGACUACUCAGUCUCCGAUGAGGGGGUGGCAAACGCGGGCCAACAUGACCUACUUUAUGCCUUUGGGGGGUGCAUGAUCGCCGGGCUCGUCGUCUUAGGGGCACUAGUCGCUGUAAAAUUGGUGAAGCGGAAGAAGAAGCUAACAAACCAGGUGUCCAUCAUCAACGUGAAUGGUGAUGGCGAGCCGGCUGUGAUGAUGGCGAUGAUGUCCAGUGGUAAAAAUUCGUCUGACAAACUUCCUCUUAAGCAUGAUGAGGAGGUUGAAAAUGUUGCCUGAGUGAGUGAGUGCGCGAGUGAGUGAGUGAGGGAGUGAGUGAGGGAGGGAGGGAGUGAGUGAGUGAAAGGAAGAAUAAGUGGUGGAAUGAAUGAUUGAAUGAAUAUACAAAUGAAGAAAUAUCGAGACACAACAAUAAGCUGAUGAUGACGACGUUAUUGUCAGCCUUAGAACUUUUAGUUCACGCAAGAUAAUUCAAACUAAAUCCAUUUAUAAUAAUAAAAAUUUAGUUUUUUUUCUUGUAGGAAAAAUAUUUUUUCAAAACAAAUUUAUUUUUUCCACCUAUCCAUUCAUGCUAACCGUCUGAUCAUACGGUUUUACCUCAUAAUGAAAAGGUAAUCAUUUUAAGUCAUGGCUGGUUUGUCGGUUGAUUGGUUGGUUAAUUGAUUGAUUGGUUAAUUGAUUGGCUGAUUGGUUUUUCAUUUUCCAGAACAAAACUAUUGAAGAGAAAUUAUUAUGAUGAGAAUGCUUUUUGUUUUAACUAUCCUAUUUAUAGUUGUUCAUUCACUCAUUCAUCCGUUCACUUACUCACUCAUUCCUCCAUUCAUUCCAUCAUUCAUUCAUCCAUUUCUAUCAUUCAGCUGCCUUAUGAAUAAUUAUUUUUUGUGACGUCGUCGUCGUCGUCAUUAUAUUGUUAUCAUUAUUAUUGUUGUUGUUACUGUUAUUAUUAUUAUUAUUACUAUUGUUAUUUUUUAUUAUUUUUAUCAUUAUGAAACUUUUUAAUAGGACUUUCUACCGCUAAGCUUACAUCUCUCUUGUGAACUAUUUAUACGUAUAUAUACCUUGUAUUCAGUGUUAAUUACCCAUGAGGAAAAAUACUAUAUAUAUAUAUAUAUCACUAUUUUAAUGCGUUCAGAGCUCACACAUAUACCCAUACAUACACACAUAUAUACACAUGUAUAAACAUACACACAUGUAUAUAUAUAUAUAUAUUGUUUAGCAAUUUUACAUGCUUUGUUUGUGUGCGUGUGUGUGUGUGUGUAUUAUUAUGUACGUAAUGUUAUGACUAUUCAUCUAUUAAUGUUUUCUAUCUUUUGUAUUAGUGUUGAGAUUGAUUAGUGGGUGAGAUACUGAAAAAAGAGAGUGAAUGAAUGAUUUAGAGAGAGAGAAAGAGAGAGAGAGAAUAAAUAAAUGAAUGAAUAAAUAAAUGAAUGCUACGAUAGAUUUGACUUCAGGUGUUGUCCGCAAUAUCUUAUGAUUGUCUGAGGUGUAACAUUAUUUAUUUUUAGAUUUCCACCUUGUUUUGAUGUUUCUAUAUUUAUUUAUUUUACACGUAUAUUUAUUUAUUUAUCGAAUUAUUUAUCUACUGGGUUAAAUGUUCACAAAAUGAUCCCCUACAUAUUUUCAUCUGGUAAAACUAACGUCAUAUAAUUUUCAAUUUUUUGACAUACGUACGAACAAGUUAUUUUUUAAUAAAAGAGACAAUUUUGUUCCAAUGCA